UACACAGAUUCAGCUAAUCUUUCUAAUGGAGUUGGUAAUCAGGCAUGGUCCUGCCUAGACCUUUUGGAUGUAUUAUGCCAAUUAGCUGAGAGUGGCCAUGCAAGCUCUGUCUGGUUAAUUAUUGAGCACCCUCUUAAUCAAUUUCCCGAUGUUUUACUUCUUGGAGUUGCUCAGAUUAAUGUAGGUGAUCCUUUUUUCCUUGGGUUUAAGUUUUGUUUCUCCAUUUUACUUUUGCACUCCAGUUGAUGCUAAUAAAAAAAACUAGAUUCAUUUGUUUUUGCCAGUCUACCUAUAAUCUCCUCCAGUACGAAGUAUCUUCCGCUGUUUUCCCUAUUUUUUUAAAUGAUCCUAUGAAGAACAACAUUCUCCAUAAUUUAUGGAAAGUUAAUCCUAGCUUGCUCUUGCGAGGAUUUUCAGAUGCUCGAACAGAUCCUAACAGCAUUUUUAGAAUUCUUGUCAAUUGUCAGGAACUAAAGGUAAAUCUUUUGGAGAGUUCAUAUCAGUGACCCAUUUAUGGUGCCGGACAUAUUUUUCCUCAUUAGCAUAUUCCUAUGAAGACUUACGUCCUAACCUUCUAUUCAUUUGGUACAAACUUUUCGAGUAGUUACUGGUCAUGUGUCGCUUUUGCUGAUACCACUGUUGAAGAAGUCUUAUGGCUUAAAUUUGUUAGUAGUUCAUAUGUUGUCAUGGCUAUCUUAUCAAUGCAUAUGCCAUACCUUGUUAUCACUCAUCUGUUGUCUUGGCUUUAGAUUCGAUGAAUCAGUUUCUAUUUAUUCUUGAAGAUACAUGACCCUUUACAAGUAUGCUAUUCUCCUGAUUUCUCUUAUUUCUCCAUAUUGUUUGCUUCAUUCUUUUUAAGUUCUCUUCAUCUGUUAAACUAUUCUAUAUUAUAUUUCAUUAUCUUACUUCCUGUGCUAUCAUGACAUGUAUGCAAUUCUCACGUUUUGUAGCACUGGAGUUCCCAUUCUACCCGCAGUAUGUUGUCAUUCACCAAAGAUUUUAUGGUGCAAGUAUGCUGGCAUACACAUGCAUAAUCUGGAUGAACGCAAUGGUUACUGCUGUUUGUACAUGUUGUGCAUGCUUGCUUAUAUGCACAAACAUUUACAUAAACAUAACUCAUAACCAUCAUGCCUUGCACUUCUAUUUGAGUCCAUAACUGUAAGGGACUAUUUAACGGUCAUAGAUUCAUAUAUGCCUCUCAUUUGUGGAUUAUGUUCAGCAUUGUCCUAGGAUCUGACCUCAGAUAUUCUAAGUGCAAGUCAGAUGUUUUUGAAACAUGAAUGGAAAUUUGUUUCUCAAUUAUAAUUUUUACUAUUCCAAGUGCUUAGACAUAGGUAAACCCAACUUUUUGGAGUUCUCAUGUUUAAUACGACUGUAAAUGGCAGAGGUCUUUGGCAUGCUGAAAAUUGUUACCCGUCAUUUUAAGACUUUUAGGUUGUUUCCAAAAGGUGAUAACAUCCGGAGAAUUCCAUCCUACGCACUGUAACACAUUAGCAUAUAGUAGCUCUAAGGGCUCUAUACGACUUAUUGAUUUGCGACAAUCAGCACUGUGUGAUAACCACUCAAUGUUGUUUGAGGAGAAUGAAGCACCAGGUUCGAGAUCUUUUUUCACUGAGAUCAUUGCGUCAAUUUCAGAUAUUAAAUUUGGAAAGGAUGGAAGACACAUUCUCAGUCGUGAUUACAUGACUCUUAAGCUAUGGGAUAUAAGCAUGGACAGUGGUCCAGUUGCAACAUUCCAGGUCAAUGAAUAUUUAAGGCCGAAGGGGAAUACUAUUUACAAUUAUUUAUGCGAUCUGUAUGAAAAUGAUUCAAUUUUUGGUAAAUUUGAAUGCUAUCUUAGUGGUGACGGACAACGGGUGGCCACUGGUUCAUACAUCAAUCUUUUCCGCAUAUUUGGUUGUGCUACUGGAAGCAACGAGACAACAACUUUGGAAGCCAGUAAGAAUCCUAUGAGGUAUAGUUACAACUCGACAAUUCAAUCUGUGCUUAAGGGGCUUGUUUCGCUAGACAAGUCAUUCAAUGAAAAGAACAGUGACAAUCUUUUGAAGCAAGACAACGGGUUAUCAAGACUUAAAUUUGUUGAUAAUGAUGCAAACUGGAAGAACGGAAGCACUAUGGCUGCUGCUAACAGAAAGAAAUACGAGAUAGUUAUAAUGCAACAAGUGUACUAUCACCCAAUCAAGCACUAA